AGCCCCGAACGGCUCACACGAUGGUUGCGCAUAUGCACGCGCUCGCCGCCGCGCUCUUGUGUGCAUUGGCCGGUCAGCUGGGAGCUGGUGCUAGUCUCCAUUGUGCCAUGCGCAGAGAAAUUUCACCGUGCACCUGCAGGAGAGAGGAAACAGGGACAGGUGCCAUCUUAGUAGUUUGCCAAAAAAUCACCGCCUAUGAAGAAAUCGCACGAGCUCUCACCAACAAGUUUACUCCCGAAACUAAAAUUGGCCUGGAUAUCUCCUACUCGAAACUACCGGACUUCGAAGAUCAUAGCUUUCGUGAACUCGGCCUAUCUAUCACAAGACUAAAACUUAAUUUCGACAACCUAAGCGAUCUGAAAGAAAGUGUGUUUACGAAACUGGAUCUGGUGGACUACUUUAGUUUGGCUGACAAUUCACUGUUAGAAAUGCCUCGACAUGUUCUGCGCCAUCUUCCACAUGUCAAGACCCUCGACAUGUGUCGAAAUAAAAUUACUAAACUCACAGUGGAGGACUUUAAGGACAUACAAGAGGUGGAGCAUUUACUAGUAGCUGAUAAUCAAAUAGCAAAAAUUGAAAGAGACGCUGUACCUAAAGCUUUACGACAUGUUCAUUUUGGUAUUAACAAGUUAAGUACGUUAAAUGGAGCUCUACGAGACUUAGAUGAUUUGGAGUGGAUAUUUAUAAAUGCUAAUAAUUUAAAAUCAAUUGAUAAUGAACUACCAGUCAAAGCCAAAAAGAUAACACUUAUUCAUGCAGCUCACAAUGAGCUACAGAAUUUGCCUCAAGAUUUGAAACAAAUGCCAUCGUUGGAGUCACUCUAUUUCUAUGACAAUAAUAUCAAAUCGUUAGACAGAUCCCUGCAAAAAUCGAGGAGACUGAUGAGAGUUAGCCUCUCAUUCAACAAAAUUGAAAGUCUCGCUGAGGAUGAAUUCGCUGAAACAGAAAAAUUGUUGGAUUUAGACAUAGCUUACAACCACCUAAAACAUCUGAAUGGCUCAUUAAGAAAUCUAAAAUCUCUGAGAUAUUUAAAUCUCACGCAUAAUUUAUUGACCGAAUUUUCAUUGCAAGAAAUUAAAGGGCUGAAGAGGUUAUCAGUUAUUGAUCUCUCACAUAAUAAAAUAAAUCACAUCACAGGAAAAAUGGAGAAUCUUGUUCAUGUGGAGACAUGUGUGUUAGAAUUACGUUUAGACCACAAUCACCUGAUGAAUUUAGGGGGAGCUCUCAUGGGGCUCCAUGGACUAUUGAGACUAAACUUGAGCAACAAUCAAAUUCAACAAAUAUCGCCUGAUGACUUGAUCGGUUUAGAAGAUUUGAAAGUUCUGGAUAUUUCAUACAAUCAUAUCACAUCAUUAGAGGAAACUUCAAAGACAUUUUUGCCCGCAUUAGAGGAACUGAUUGCUCAUCACAACAAUAUCACAAUUUUGGACAAAGACUUCCAUGGUUUGCCCGCACUGUGUCUCGCAGACCUGUCCUACAACUACAUUCAGACAAUGAAUUAUGAUCUGGUGACAAAAUCACGGUGUACUAUAAAUGGAGUUCCUAGUAUCUUAAAAAUUUAUCUUCAAGAUAAUCCUGUGCUGUGCAGCGAAGGAUUGUUUGACUUGGUGAAGGAGCUAGAAAAUUUGAACGCUCGGAUAAGUGGACAGUCAACUUGCGUGGCUACGCAAACGAAUGCGCCAGUACUGAACAUGAGAGCGUUGAACGAUAUCGUGCCGCAGCAGGAGCAGCCAUUAAUAGUGGUCGCGCACGUGGGGGCUGGCUUGCAGGGCCUUGCGCAGGACACCAUGGAGCGCGAGCUGGUGCCGCCAGAGUCGCAGCUCAUGUACAGGCGUGUUGGAGCCAUCAUCGGCCAUCUUCUACCCGAGGACGGACUCCCUGUCCUCGUGGACCCGCCCGUCACGUUGCCACCAGAAAGCACUAAUGUCGUGGUCAAAUGGCCUGAUGAAAAAACUGACGAACAAUCUCACCCUCUGGCGGACCACCUGCGUUUAAGAGAUUUAAACGCAUCUCCACAGUGAAACCGAUUGCAUCGUCGGAUCUGCCGACGUUAUAGAACUGAGUGCUUUCUUUAGAAAAUAUGCUGCCUAUCUACAUUGUACGGCAGAGUGUCUUCACAUUUGGUUGAGUGCAUGAAUUUCUUUUGCAUAUUCAUCUUCCUAUUAUUUUUAUAUUGCGAUGUAUAUAGGUAAGUGACUCACUUAUAACUUGAUAAUGCGCAUCCCGUAAUACUAAAAUUAGUGAAUCCUAAACAUAAAUAAUGUUGUAAAAAUUAACAUUGUUUCAAAUAUUAUUUGUAAUUAGUAAAAAGUAUUGAUAGUUGAAGUGAUUUUAAGACCUUUUAAAAAUUAUAGGAUAAGUCAUUUGAGUCGAGUCCAUUUACUUACAUAUAUUGUGCCUUAGUAUGGCAAUAAACUCCAGAUGUUUCUUUGUAAGGUUUGGUUAGAAAUUCAAGAUUAAACUUAGCUCACAGACGCCACCACCGCGAGGGUUGCGCCUACAUUCAUUAUGUGUAAGAUAAGGCGACUUUAUUUAAUUUUAUGGACUUAUCACAUUUAUAGGUACAUAGGAAAAACAUUUUAAUAAAAAGAAAAUCUAAUUCAAAGUGAAAUUGCUGUGAAAGGUAUGGCGAAACUUAUGUAAACGAAAUUAUAUAUAUUUAGGUUAAGGUUAUAGAUCUUAUUUUAUUGCAGUAAUUUAAAUUGUGAAUUAAUGUUACUAACAUUUUUAGGUACGUAUGCCAACAGCUAAUAUGCCAAAUUGUUUCAAUUAAGCUGCAAAUGAAUAAUUAUAGAUUUUAAGAUAAAUAAAGUACCUAUGCCGAAUCAUUUUUUAUUCCUACACCUUUGAUUUUUAAACUUUAUUGAUUUAGUAGGUACCUAUGUAUUGUUAUAUUCUCACAUCAUACCCGACGACCGAUGCCUGUAGUGAUCGUUGUUUGUAGCUUUAGUUGACAUUGUAAGUACACAUAAGUAUGUA